AUGUCCGACACACCCUCAUCCACAGAGGACCGCUUGCGCAGUGCCGUAAUCGCAAAUCACCUCCCCUCGGGAUACGGCACAAGCUUCGACGGCACACGAAACCUCUCCAACGGUGACCUCGCUCACAUAAACUCCAAUUCCGCCCCGAACCUCCCCGCCACCGAAAAUGACGACGGCGACAACGUCGAGGAGGCAUCCUCCCUCCUUCUCCCCGGCGGCGACAUGCAUCGCGAUCUAUUCAAGAUUUCGGCUAGGGAACAAACCUUGAAGCGCGCCCAGACAUUCUCCCACCCGCGCCGCACCGAGUCCGGCCACGAAUCCGACCUGCCCGCCGCCGAGAUGCUUCUGCCCCAGGGCUUUCGCCGCCAAUUUGUCAUGCAAAAACACAAUUAUACUGCCGCCACACUCCCCAUUACCCGCAACUUUGUAGAGUUCCUCGACUUCUACGGCUCCUUCGCUGGUGAGGAUCUUGCCGAUUCAGACGAGGAGGCCAUUGUCUCGGACGACGAGGAUGAAGAGGAGGCGCAAGAUAGACCCCGCGGUGCACCUACCGAGACCCGUCCGCUGCUGGGAAGACGCCGGUCCUCGCGCUUCGCCAAGAAGGCCGGCGAUGCCAGCACCACAAAGACCUUCUUCACAACCCUCAAGGCCUUCAUUGGCACGGGCAUCAUGUUCUUGCCCAAGGCCUUCAAGAACGGCGGCAUCCUCUUCUCCUCUCUGACCAUGCUCGUCGUGGCCGCAAUCUCCAUGGUUGCCUUCCACCUGCUCCUGCAGUGCCGCACCCGCUACGGCGGUGGUUACGGUGACCUCGGCAAGGAAAUCUCGGGCCCGCGCAUGCGCUCCCUCAUCUUGGCGUCUAUCACACUCUCUCAGAUUGGCUUCGUUUGCACGGGUCUCGUGUUUGUGGCCGACAACUGGUUCUCCUUCUUGAAGGCAGUAACGGGCGGCGCGAAUCCCCUCGACUCAACCGCCCUCAUUGCUCUGCAGGCCAUUGUCAUUGUGCCCCUAGCCUUCAUUCGCAACAUUUCCAAGCUCGGUCCAGCUGCCCUCCUUGCCGACGUCUUCAUCAUCAUUGGCGUAGGAUACAUCUGGUGGUACGACAUCUCGGCCCUCGCUACCCGCGGCAUGGAUCCCUCCGUCAAGCUCUUCAACCCGAGCUCCUACACCCUCACGAUUGGCGCCUCCAUCUUCACGUUCGAGGGCAUCGGCCUCAUCAUUCCCAUCCAGGCCAGCAUGAAGAAGCCGGAGCACUUUGAGCCCCUGUUGGCGGGCGUCAUGCUCCUCAUCACCUGCGUCUUUACCUCGGUCGGCGCCCUCUGCUACGCGACGUUCGGAGACCGCACAAAGAUUGAAAUUAUCGACAACUACCCGCAAGACAGCCGCCUCGUCAACGCCGUGCAGUUCAUGUACGCCCUCGCUGUCCUCGUCGGCAACCCCGUCCAGCUAUUCCCCGCCAUGCGUAUCAUCGAGACCAAGAUCUUUGGCUACCGCUCAGGCAAGAAGGAUCUCCUGACAAAGUGGAAGAAGAACGCCUUCCGCACCUCCCUCGUCGCCCUCUGCAUCGCCAUCUCCAUUGCCGGCUCCGCCAACCUCGACCGUUUUGUCGCGCUCAUUGGAUCAUUUGCGUGCGUGCCUUUGGUCUACAUUUACCCGCCCUACCUGCAUCUCAAGGGCAUCGCCGAGACGAGAAACCAAAAGAUUUGCGAUUACGCGCUCAUGGCCCUCGGCCUUGUCGGCAUGGUGUACACCACCGCUAUCACCGUGGCCACCAGCUUCCUGUAG